AUGUUUCAAUUUCUCUUCUUUUCUUUUAUCUCAGCAAAGCUUCUUCCUAACGAAGAUCCAUAUAAGAUCUUAGGAGUUUCGAAACUCGCAUCCAUGGAUGAGAUUAAAAAAGCUUACAGAAAAUUAGUUUUUAGUUGCCAUCCAGACAGGCAUAAGGAUGAGGAUUCUUAUCAUAUGUUCAUCAAGGUUACAGACGCAUACGAAAUAUUAUCAGAUCAAGAAAAGAAAAUGCAAUUUGAUCGCGAUGGUCGCAUCAAAGAAAAAACUAAUCAAAGAGAAGAUACAGGAUAUACAAGAAACGAACCUAUACCAAUGAUCAAUCAACAUAUCUUCCCAUCUUUAGCUAGAGAUGGAAGCGAAUGGAUAGUACUUGUUACACAACAUUUCGAUUGUCCAGAGUGUCCAGCUCAAUCACAAAUCUUUGAUGAAUUCGCUAAAGAUAUCAAACAAUACGUAAAAGUCGGAAAGUUGGAUGCAUCUGCUUCUCCUUCGAUGGUCGAAGCUCUUGGAGUCAAGACUUUGCCAGCAUAUUAUUCAAUUCGAUACGUUAACGGUACGGUACAAGGAAAGAAGAUCGCAACUACAUUUAGAUCAAAUGAACAAGCAAUUGAGCAUAUUUUCAAGUUUUGGAAGUCCUCCGUUAAGAAGCUCCAUGGAAAAACUCAACUUGAUAACUGGCUUGAGCUAGAUUCCACAAAAACUCACGUUUUAGAAAUAACUUCAAAUUCUGGAGUUUCUGUUCAUUUAAGAUACGCAGCAUCACAAAUAAAUUCAUACGCUACAUUCGCUUCAAUCGCCGAAACCGAAGAAAUCAAGACUCAUUAUGGAAUUCGAAAAUCUCCAUGUGUCUUGAUUUUCCGCGGCCAUCGAACACAACCAAUACAAAUACAGACAAGUGGAAGACAUCUGCUUGACGAUAUCGAAGAAUACUGCACUCCUGUGUUCCCAGAGAUUAAUAGAGCUAAUUACAAACAAAUUUGCAAUCCUUGGUGCGUCGCAUCAACAGAAAUACCCAAUACAACAUAUAUCGAUACUAUUUACGACGGACCUUUCAAUACAGCGCUAUUACGACCAUCAUUUUCCAAAUCUCUUGGAAUUAAGAACGGAUGGGUAGCUAUUGAUGGAAAUAAAUUCAUGACUAUCGAUAUCAAUAGCCCUGAUGACUUACUUUCCGUUUGUUCAAGACUUUACAGAAAUGAUGGAUUAAAAGACGAAGGAGAGGUCAUUAAAGACGAUCCUGUAUCAAACAUAGUUGACCAAAUACUUUCAGUAUUCUCUGGAAUCGAAAUUUCCAAUGGAAAACUCGUUUUGACUUGGAUUCAAAUUGUUAUUCCACUUCCUAUCAUUUUCGGACUUGUUGUCGUCAUAUUUGUGUUCUUAUUCAUCUGUGGAAUGUAUGACCACACAAGAAUCGAACCUUCUUCGUCAUCAAAACCGGAUAAUUCGAAAUCUUCCCAAAAGUCAGACCAAAAGAAGCCAGACGAUAAAAAGACACAAGAACCGAAAUCCUCCGAACAAAAAGAAGAAAAAAAUAAAACUGAUUCUGAUAAAAAAUCAGAAGAAGGUAAAAUAGACCAAGAUAAGUCUGAAGAAGACAAAUCUGAUAAUAAGAAACCUGUUCAAAAUAAAAAUUGUGAAGAUAAGAAAGAUUUGGAUGAAAUUAAGCCAAAAUCUGAAUAA